AUGAUCUUUAAACCUUUUCUUUAUUUUUUUGUGCAAGUUUUUGGCUUUUUGUCUUUAUCGACCUUUAUUGGCCUAUAAAAAUUGUUAGAUGCAAAAAAAGAAAGAAAGAAAAAAGAAAAGGGAUGCAUGCACUUUUUAUUUAAUUUUGACGGCUGAUAAAAAAGAAGAAAAGGCCCACUCAUACUCGAACACUUCAAACUCACAAAACAAAAACAAAAAACACAGACACAGAGUCGCACAAACAAAAAAAAACAAUAAUAAUAAUAAUAAUAAUAACAAGCACAAAGGGAAAAAGAAAAAUCUAAUCUUUCUCUCUUCAAUAUCUAAUCUCUCCAGAUCUCUUCUAUUCUCUCUCCCUCCUUUUUUUUUUCAAUAUAAUAUAUAAUAAUAUAGAUAGAUAAUAGUGUGGUUUAUAGAGAGGCUUUUUAUGGUAAUAUUGGAUGACAUUGCAGAUCUUUUGAGGAGGGUACAUUUUGUGGAUCUCUUUUUGGGUUUUAUAAGAUUAGGGUUUUACUGGGUUUUCUUUACCAAUGUCGACUCCUUAUCCCAUUCCUGUCACUGCUGCUCAGGUUGGGACUUAUUUUGUAGGGCAGUACUACCAGUUAGUACAGCAACAACCAGAAUUUGUUUAUCAGUUUUAUAGUGAUGCCAGUACUAUGCUUCGUAUUGAUGGCACUAACCGAGAUAAUGCCACUACAAUGCUCCAAAUCCAUGCACUUAUUAUGUCACUCAAUUAUACUGCAAUUGAAAUAAGGACGGCACACUCAUUGGAAUCAUGGAAUGGAGGUGUUCUUGUGAUGGUUUCUGGUUCUGUACAAGUGAAGGAUUCAACUGAAAGAAGGAAAUUUGUGGAAACAUUUUUCCUAGCACCUCAAGAGAAGGGCUAUUUUGUUUUGAAUGAUGUUUUUCACUUCAUUGAUGAGGCACCAAUUCACCAUCAUCCAGCUGUCAUACUAACCCAGAACCAUCUUGACUCUAAAGUUAAUGUUCCUACUGCUAUCCCUGAGCCAGUUGCAAAUUAUUUGUUGGGUGGCGAAUUCCAGGCCAGGGAAUUUGUUGCUCCUGCUGAUGCCAAGGAAAAUGGCCUACCAGUUGACAACUACACUUUUCAAGAGCAACAGUUGCAUCAAGCUCCUGAGUCCGAAAAUGUUCGCGAGGAAAAUUCUAUAGAAGCAAAUGGUCCACUUCAAAAAACAGGGAGCAGUGCCCAGGACCAGUUGCUUGCUUCUGUUGACGAGCCCAUUGGAGAGCCCCAAAAACACACUUAUGCUUCUAUUUUACGUGUGGCUAAGGGACAGUCUGCACCUUCAGUUGCUUCCCAGCCUUCUCUUAACAAGAAUUCCCCACCUACCUCAGAUUGGAAUCAUGCUUCACAACCUAUCUCUCAAACAGAAACUGUAACAGCAAAUUCAUUCGAAAGGUUUGGAGCAGACACAGUUGAGGAGAAUUCAACUGCAGAAGAUGAAGAUGAAGUAAAGUCUGUGUAUGUGAGAAAUUUGCCCACUACUAUAUCUGAAGCUGAAAUUGCUGAGGAAUUCAAGAAUUUUGGCAGUAUUGUACCUGAUGGUGUUGUCAUUCGAAGUCGAAAGGAUGUUGGUGUAUGUUAUGCAUUUGUUGAAUUUGAAGAUAUGACUGCUGUUCAUAAUGCAGUGAAGGCGGGUACUGCACAUGUUGCUGGGCGGCAGGUAUACAUUGAAGAGCGGAGACCAAAUAGCAACAUCCCGUCUCGUGCAGGAAGAGGAAGAGGUAGAGGCAGGGGCAGCUACCCAAUGGAUGCUCUAAGGGGUCGAUUUGGAGGUCGAGGUUUUGCCAGGGUCGGUGUCUAUGAUGGAGGUGACAGAGACUAUAACAGAUCAAGAGGGAAUGGUUACUAUAGGCCAAGCCCCCGCCAAGAUAGAGGGUUCACAGGUUACCAAGUAUCAAGGACUGGACAAAACCAAUGGGAGUAGACGACAGUUUAGCUAAAGGGAGAGAACAAAGUUUUGGGUCCAGCUAUUGCAACUCACCAUAUUCACCAUUACUAGAUUCAAGAAUGAUAUAGUUAUAUUUUACAAGUCAGAUUGAUUUAGAUGUGGCCAGCAUUAAUUUCACUUAUUUUAAGGGCUUCUCCAUAUUUAAAUGCUAAUGCAUAUUGAAAUUUAAUAGGAAUGUGAUUGCAGUUUUGAGAAUUUUUUUCCCCCUUUUUGUAUAUGUAAACUCCCGCAUGUCUCUUCUUCGUAUAGUUAUAUUGAAUUGGAGUAAUUUAUUUA